AUGAUUGGUGGAUGUUGGCGGAUAUUGGUUUACGGGGUUCUCGGUGACCAGGUUGACUUGGUCAGCGACCUGUACAUCAAAGAAUUGAAGGCCUUCAAGCCAACCCCAUUGUCUUCUGCCGAUGCCCAAUCUUCCACCAAGCCAUGGACUGUUCCAUCCCCAGCCAAGGCCCCUGCUUUGGAGGGUGACGCUGCCGAGGCUCUUUCCGAAUACGACACCGCUGCCGUUGAGACUGUCUCCGGCUCUUCUGAGGCUGCCGUUGUCGAGGAGGAGGACUGGUUUGUGUUUGAGGAGGAAGAAGAGCACCACCAUUAA